GCAAGGAAGGGGGAACAGAGGAACUGAAUUCUCCGGAACACCGUAAAGCAAUGUGUAUGCUGAUUGCUAUUUGAUGCUCAUUCCACUUGUUUACAUUAUCACUUGACACAUAGGUAGAUAUUUGACUACACAGAGUCUACAUAAACAAGAUCAAUGUAUUUGCUACUACUAGCUAAAUGACUAUCUAUCGAGCGAGCUGUAGGUUGCAGCCAGUCAGGGCAGGCAGUCAAGUCGAGGUCUGCGUUGCCAUUUGCUAGUUAGCAACACAGCAACCUAAUAAUCUCUUUUCUAAAUUGCACCAAAGCUUUAAAAAGUUUUCACAAAAUGGCAGAGUCACCUUUAUCGGGAGUCAAUGUGGUUCUUGUCAUGGCCUACGGUAGCUUGGUGUUCGUAUUAUUGUUCAUCUUUGUCAAGAGGCAGAUCAUGCGUUUUGCAAUGAGGUCUCGUAGAGGACCCCAUGCCCCUAUUGGACACAACGCCCCUAAGGGUCUGCGGGAGAACAUAGAUUCUCGCCUGUCUAAGGUCCACGAUAUUCGUUUCGAACCUCGGCUCCUCUCGGAACAAGAUGAUAGACUCAAGCCUGGCACCCAGCUUAAUUGCUACAACUACCUGUACAGAAUGAAGGCCCUGGAUGCUAUUCGUGAUUCGGGUAUCCCGCUGCAAGAGAUGAGUCGAAACCCAAAUGCUUUGACUGGACGCAGCUUCCUGAACUGGCUGCUGGAGCUGCGGAACUCCCAUUCGUUAAUUAAGAGCAGCCGCAGCACCCUUAUAGACAACCUGUUGGAGGGCUAUGACAGUGCCCGCCACGGGACCGGGGUUUUUGGGGAAGCAGAGUUUCUGAAAUACCAGGAAGCUCUUAAUGAACUGGCAGAUGUUGUAAAAGCCUACUCCAGCACCACUAGUCUGGACCAGCACCACCAGUCUGCAGCUAAAGAUCUGACGUGCUCCCCAACGCGUGGCACUCCCUCCACCAUCCAGGUGACCUACCUGCCGUCCACCGGCCAACGAAGCAAGAGGCCCAAGCAUUUCCUGGAGCUCAAAAGCUUCAAAGACAAUUACAAUACCCUGGAGAGCACCCUUUGAGACUUCCUCACAGAAUGGGCUGGACUUGACGAGCAGCCUGACCAAUGUGGUCAUGUUCAAUUUUACUACAGAAUGUUCACUUACUUGAUCAGGCUGGUUGCUCAAGGGGUGGAAUGCAGUGUUUUAAAUUGCAACACAGUCAGCCAAAAACAAUAUUACUGUGUAGAGUGCAUGGCUGGUUCAUUGCAACAUUUGUCUCCAUGAGUUAAAAUGCUCAUUUCCCCAUGACAAAACACAGUGCUUCUGGACAGUCAUUAUAUGGCAGUUAUCAUUGUUAAUGUUUCUUGAACAUGCUUUUGUCUGUCUACAGUACAUUCAAAUGUUAACAAAAAUUUGUUUGUACAAAUUAAUGUAUUUAUAACAUUUGAUAAUGUAUUUCGUUGUUGUAAAUUGUAUUUGUGUUGAUGUUCUCGUGUGGGGUAAAAGGUAAUUCCAAUGUGCUUAAUGUUUCCACUAGGUGGCAGCUGCAGUAUAAGCGGCUACAAUAUAAGCAAAAACAGACAGCAGUCUUUUUUAUAUAUAUUUUUAAAUAAAAUAAUUUUAAACAAAGUCAACCAUGAACAAACAAUAACAAUAAAUGUAGUUCACCACUACACUAUAUUACCUAUCAAAGAGGGACAUAUUUCACAUUAAGUACACAUACAGUAUAUAGUGUGUUGUAGUUAAAACCAGGUUUGACUAACAGACAGGAAAGAAUAUCUCACAGUCCGAAUGAACAGUUGAUAGCAUACCUGAUUACUGGUUGUAACAGUGGAUCUUUAAAUCCACAGCCUUGUAUGAUGAGGGAAACUUUAAGCGACUUGAAUAUUGAUGAGUAUUGACUCAUAAGUAUUGACACUUCAACUAGCAAAUCUAACACUGCAUUGAUUUAAGGAAAGCAAGGAAAACAGGACAACAUUUGUAAAAUGUACAUUUAGUCAUUUAGCAGACGCUCUUAUCCAGAGCGACUUACAGUAAGUACAGGGACAUUCCCCCCGAGGCAAGUAGGGUGAAGUGCCUUGCCCAAGGACACAAUGUCAUUUUGGCACGGCCGGGAAUCGAACUGGCAACCUUCAGAUUACUAGCCCGACUCCCUCACCGCU